CAUGUUCAGUUUGGGUAAAAGUAACUGAGCUUGAAUGAUCACAAUACACUAUUGGAAUUAAUUGAUAUUCUCUCAAUGAAUUUGCUAAGUUUUAUCCCCUCGGAACGGUUUAGCUGGUCAGCUGGUACAGCAUUAGCUGUUUGGCUAAUUCUUCUGUGCUAACUGGACAAUGAGAGGUCCAUCCAUAGGACGAAAGAACAUUUGUGUCUUGAGGAAGAUCUGGUAAGAGUACACUCAAAAUGAGCAAGAAACCUCCAAAUCGACCAGGGAUCUCUUAUGAGGUUGGUGCCAGGGUUGAGGCCCAGGACUAUCUGCAAAAAUGGUACCCUUCACGUAUCGAGAAGAUUGAUUAUGAUGAGGGAAAGAUGCUUGUGCAUUUUGACCGUUGGAGCCAUAGGUACGACGAAUGGAUUCUCUGGGACAGCAACAGACUUCGGCCAUUAGAGAGACCGGCGCUCCGCAAAGAGGGUCUCAAAGAAGAGGAGGUGUCUGAGAGUUUCAGCGAGAUGAGAGCAUCUCGCCUUCGUGAGCUUCCUGGAAGUACAGAGAGCACAGAGGACCAAAAAGACUUACCUCAGCAGAGACAAGAAUUGAGAGAUGGUGAGGAGGUGCUUGCCCGAUGGACAGAUUGCCGCUACUACCCUGCCAAGAUUGAAAGUAUCAACAAGGAAGGCACUUACACUGUACAGUUUUAUGAUGGAGUCUUUCGCUGUGUGAAAAGAAUCCAUAUCAAGUCCAUGCCAGAAGAUGCAAAAGGACAACAGGACUGGAUCGCUCUGGUGAAGGCUGCCUCUGCUGCAGCCAAGAAUAAAGGAGUGAACAGACCACGUACCAGUGCCAACAGCAACAAGGACCGAGAGGACAGGAGAGAACAACGAUCAGAUGAAGAGCUUGAUGAUGAUGAUGAUGAUGAUGAUGACAACGAUGAUGAUAGUGAAUCAGAGAAACUUGCAGACCUAGACUCAGAAGAGGAGGACAGUAAGCCGGCUAUUGAGGAGGACAGUAAGCCGGCUAUUGAGGAGGACAAUAAGCCGGCUAUUGAGGAGGAGAGUAAGCCAGUUAUUGAGGAAGACAGUAAGCCGGCUGUUGAGGAGCUUGAAUCAGCUACAGCAAAGAGAAGGAGCAAAAGACAAGGCAACUCAAGUAGCAGUAAAAGGACUCGUCUCGGCAAAGGGACAGGAUGUCCUGACACUGAGUCUGAAUGCAAAGCAGAGUCAAAAGAGUGUCCAGUAACAUCACAGCAGAAAGUGUCAGGUGCAGAGGCUAGUCCAGUUGAAGAGAAAUCCCAGUCUGUCAGUGCCCAAAGAACCCCAGCAUCUCUCUCUAGCCCAUCCCUGUGCAAGUCUCGCUCAAGAAGACUUAAACACGACUCGGGAGAGUCCACGUCUAGCAGUCAGAACACAUCCACAGCCCCCGAACCCAGUCCUUCAUCCAUUUCGAGACACACGCUUCCAGACAGCACACACACUGCCCCCUCCAACUCCCCCCAGAGAAGGAGACGGUCUCAGCGUCUAGCGACAAGCUCUGACCAGGCUUACCCCUCUUCGCCACACAUGAGGGAUUCUUUCACUCAACCUCCUCCCCCAGAUGGCUCUCAGAAACCUGCACUCUCUUUUGAAGAAGACAGCAGCACUGCAGUUAAAACAGAAGAUCCUUCACAAAAGCCAGUUUCAGGAAGCCCAUCCACAGCUCCUCCCACUGGCAGUGUUCAGUCACCAAUCACUGAGAAGGACAAGAUGACCGACAUGUUGCCCAAUAAUCAAACAACACUUGAAGAGAACUCACCUUCUGUAGUGACAGCUGCAAGUCAGAAAAUUCCUUACAGGACUCCUAAAGCCAACAAACAUGCCAGAGAGCCAAUUAUAAACAGCAAGAAGUCUGAUGACCCCACUGCUCCCAAUGAGUCUCUAAUAGACCUGGACCAUAAUAAAUUCAAGUGUAAAGUCCCUGGAUGCGCUAAAGCAUUCCGGAAAGCAAAGCUGCUGGACUAUCACCUGAAGUACUAUCAUAACACUGAGAAAGAAAUGGACAGCGAGGUCUGCUCACCAGACAGGGUGGGCCGCACCAGGGCCACGUCUGCUUCCAUGCCUACAAGCACCUUGUCAGAUAUUCCAGAUAACAAGAGACGCAGGACCGUCUCUACUUCUUCCUCUCUGUCCUCUCAGGGCUUCAUGCUUCAAAUGGACAGUGCUGGCUGUGUGAGGCCUCCUAAGUUCUGUAAGAAGAAACGUUCCUCUGCCUCUGUCAGUUCAGACAGUACGGAGGUCUCCCUGCCCCCUCCAACCUUUGAAAACCUCCAUGACAAGAUUCUCAAGAAGGACAAGCACCUAGAUGGGCUUUGUAUAAAGACAGAACGGAAAUUCAAACUGGAGGAUAAAUGUCAGUUGUUUGCGAAAAAGCGGGAUAAAGACAGGAGGGACAGGAAAGAUAAGGACCUUUUCCGAAUUAAACAGAAGAAAAAGAAAAAAAAGAAGAAGAAAUCAAAACUGCACUGUUAUGCAGACCUGGAUGAGAUGUCAUUGUCUUACUUGGAAAGACCGUCUUCCCCACUACAUCGUUCUUCCUCUAGUGCCUUCAAGCACAGCACCUUCCAAUACCCUCGUGCCAUACUGUCUGUUGACCUCACUGGGGAGAACCUGUCAGACAUCGACUUCCUGGAAGAUUCAACCACUGAGAGUUUGCUGUUCAGUGGAGAUGAGUAUAACCAGGAUCUAGACUCAAUCACUAUGGAGGACUUCCAGGAUGAGGAUGAAGUUGGUGCAGAUGAAAUUGUUCGCUGCAUCUGUGAGAUGGAUGAAGAAAACGGCUUCAUGAUUCAGUGCGAGGAGUGUAUGUGCUGGCAGCACAGUGUGUGUAUGGGACUUUUGGAAGAUAGCAUACCCGAUCAAUACAUCUGUUACAUCUGUCGGGACCCACCAGGUCAGAGGUGGAGUGCUAAAUACCGUCAUGAUAAAGACUGGCUCCAAAAGGGCCACAUGUAUGGCCUGUCCUUCCUCUCAGAAAACUACUCGCAUCAGAACGCCAAGAAAAUUGUGUCCACUCACCAGCUGCUCGCUGAUGUUUACAGUGUUAAAAACUUGCUUAAUGGCCUGCAGCUGAAGAUGGAUAUAUUACAGAACAAGCAUAACCCAAGUUUGCACUUGUGGGCUCGGUCUUGGGUGAACUCUGAUGAGGACCAGCCUAUGGGUGGGGUUCCGGACUGCCUACAUUUCAAAGAGCACCUCAACCAGAACUCAAACCCUGAAACUUAUAUUACCAGCGAGCACAGCUACCAGAAACCUGGUACAGGCCUCGAACACGCAAGGGAUGAACAGGGGAUGCAUACAGCCGCUCAAUUUAACCUAAAGGAAGAAGAGGUGAGCAGUGCCAUUGCUCUUUCCGGCAGUGUGAAUGAUAGUAGCCUGGGGUCCAUGGAACAGGCCAGGAACUGCCUGCAGUGGCAGAUGAACCUGCUUACACACAUAGAGGACAUUCAGAACCAGCUGUCUGGCCGCAUGGACCUCAUCGAGAAAGAGCUUGAUGUGCUGGAGAGUUGGUUGGACUUCACGGGUGAAUUGGAGCCCCCCGAUCCCCUGGCCAGACUCCCACAGCUAAAGUGUCGCAUCAAACAGCUUCUGACAGACCUGGGAAAAGUGCAGCAAAUGAGCACCCUCUGCUCUGUGUGAUACACACAUUUAUAGUGUGUGUUUUGAGCUUCUAACAACAUAACGUUUCUUCACACACAACUCUACUACUGGAGAAGGUGUAUUCGACACUGUUCAGUAGAUGCCCUCUCUGAGAAAUAAAUUUGUUGGCCAUCUUCAAGUGUAAGAUAAGGAAAAUUCACACUUAAUGUGUGAAACAGGAACAUGUCAGUGUGUUUGUGCUGAGUCAAAACCACAUAUCUGCUUAAAGAUGUUGUUCUCCAAAAUAGGAAGAGAUCACUAUAGCAGAAUUAUUCUUUCACAUGUUAACAGAAGGGAAUAUUAUCCAAAAAACAAACAAAAGAGGUCACAGAAACAGAAGAGGUCACAACACCACACACAGAUUAAAGUUUUAGCCUUUUUUGCAUCAGUUAGACCCCAAAAGUAAAUUUCAACUCUAUUUCCACUCUGUGAGGUGAGAUUUCUUAAGGAAAUAGGAACUUGACUCAAGUGGGUCACUGAUAGCAGACUGUUUAAGAGUUCAUUAGCGUUUGAUUAAAAAAAAGUUUAAGUUUUCGCCACUUAAAAAGUCACUUUGAAGUGCCAAGAAAACAGACCACUGUGAUCUGGUUGCUCAGAUACGCACAGUUCAGAAUUUUCAUGUUCUUGAAAUGAAUGUUGCAUUUUAGGCCAGGAUUGGGUUUAGCGGUCUUAUACACUGGCACUAAAUGUUCACAAUGCCAACAAAUUCAUUAAAGCAACACCUAGAUAGUUUUCUUACAAUAACUCAUCUGAUACUUUAGCAUGUUUUUCUGCAGUCUGAAUGGAUGCUGUA